UAAUGAAAUUGUCAGAAGAAAACAUAGUAAUUAUUUCAAUAAAGUGUACAAGAUAUAUGUAGUUUUAAUCUAUAUUUUACAGUUAUCAAAUAUCGUAGAAAAAUUAUUAAAUAACAUUGAAUCAUUUGUCAAAGACAAGGGUAAUUAUUACGGUAUAUAAAGACGUACGGACGUUUUUAAAAUAUACAUUUUUUUUUGUCAUAGACAGUGUGUAAAGUGAUAUUUUGAAUACCACUAGAAAGAGAGGAGUCUCGUAUCACGUUAUUGGCAAAUACUAACUUCAAUCAAGUUGUCCUAUUAAUUUCGGUAACUAUUUGACGGUGAUUAAAAAAGAAACAUGUUCUAAUUGACAGUAGUGAUAAUUUGAACUGAUUUGUGAUCGCAGAAAUGUCACCUUGAACGUUUAAUAAAAGUUGACGGUGGGGUAAUUUUGGGAACGCAACUCAGAUGCGAAAGUAUUGCUACGUCUAAGAUUAAAGAAAUUAUGAGAUUUGUGGGAUCACUAUAUUGAACCGUAAUAAAGAACAUACGAUGUCCCACGGUAAAAAAGGACCUUUGUCAUCUGGAUUUUAUCAAUUAGAUAUUAUAAUCGAAGGGGCAGUAUUAAGAAGUUCAUCAUUCUUAAAACCUAAUCCUUAUAUAGAAAUUUCUGUGGAUGGUGAAAGACUUCUUACAACGGAUGUAUCCAAAUCGACAUAUCAACCAAAAUGGGAGGAAAGAUUUCACGUCUUGGUCAAACCGUAUUCUCAAUUACAUUUUCGUUUAUUCGAUCAUAGCACGUUCAGAAAGGACACUUUAUUAGGAGAGAAAAGAAUAAGUCUGUUUCAAAUCUUGUCUCAUUAUAAUGGAAAAUUGGAAAACUUGGAGUUAACGUUUGAUUUGAUGAAUUUUUAUAAACAUGAUUUUUCUGUUAACAAAAUCGGAGAGCUAGUAACUGUCUUCGAUGGAUUAUCAAUAGAUAUCAAUGAUAUUACACCUGUUCAUGAUGCUCAGUUACCAAAAACUGGAGAAUUGGAUACAUUAUUCGAUAACUUGAGAAUUGACCUUAAUAAUUCUAAAACAAGCAAUACUAAUGAAUCAUUAUGUCAAGUUCCAUGUACCGUACCAGAUGGUGCUAGCAGUAGUGAUACUGUAAGUAACUGUAGCGUGUUGAAUGGAGGAGUACGUGGUCGAAUGAGAUUACAUUCCAAUGAAACUGCCACACCGUCGUCAGUAUCUUGUGGUCAGAGCAAUGCUCAUCACAGUUCUACAUAUAAUGCUAGUGCCAAUCAAUCUGGUAUAGAUAAACACAAUUCUACUCAACAUCACAAACCACACGAGAAUGAUAAACCAGGAAGUAGUAAAAUGUGUUCAAUUCAUUUGGCAAAUGGACAUGCUAUUCCUAUGGCAGAUAAACCAGCAACUCAAACACCUGAAAAACCAACUAGAACAACAGAACGACAUACAACAUCUUUGAUGGAUGGGUGCCGACCAUCACGUGCAGAAUUACCAACCAAUCAUAACAUAUCAGAAGGUGGACGUCCAGUUUCUCGUCCAGAACAAUCCUCUAUCGUAUCUGCUACAAAUGAACGUUUAGUGAAUUUUCGAGCUGAUCAAUCUGCAUCUAGUUCAGCUUCUGAUGGGCGUAGUACAGUUUCUUUAUCAGAACCGUUAUCACUUUCUAAUAUAAAUACAUGUUCAAGUUCUCGAGUAGAAUCAACAUCAUUACCCAAUACAGAAACACGAUCGGAUCAUUUAUCUGAAGCUCGUGGAAUUACUCGUACUGAACAAAAUAACAGUAUUCUUCUUCCGCAUUGUAUUCCUCGAUCAGAACAAUCUAUGUUAAAUGCAGUAACAGAUGGUCGCACUGUUAUUCCACAUUCAGAAGAAUUUACAACUAAUAAUUUGCCGGAGUCUCGUUCACUUACUAGAAUGGUUCAACCAGCAGUAUCAUUGGCAGGACAACCUACUAUGCCUGUGGCUGGACAAUCUAUUGUACAACCUGGACCAUCAGCAAUGCUUUCAGAAGUUGAUAAUGCAUGCCAUUCGGAAGAACCUCUUCCACCUGGUUGGGAAAUGAGAUGUGACGGUUAUAAUCGAAGGUAUUAUGUUGAUCAUAACACAAGAAGUACAUCAUGGGAAAGACCACAACCAUUACCACCAGGAUGGGAAGUACGCAGAGAUCCAAGAGGUAGAAUUUAUUAUGUGGAUCAUAAUACAAGAAGUACAACAUGGCAGAGACCAAACACGGAACGAUUGCAGCAUUUCCAACAAUGGCAAGGUGAAAGACAAUAUGUCGUUCAACAAGGCAAUCAACGAUUUCUUUAUCCUCAACCUCUUGGGGCAGCAGCCGUUGUGGCAGGACAGCUAGCAUCUUCUAUGCCUGACGACGAUGAUAUCCUUGGACCAUUACCAGCUGGUUGGGAAAGACGUAAACAACCAGAAGGUCGAGUAUACUAUGUAAAUCAUAAAAAUCGAACAACUCAAUGGGAAGAUCCUCGUACGCAAGGACAAGAAACAGGAAUAGAUGAACCACCAUUGCCGGAUGGUUGGGAAAUUCGAUUAACAGAAGAUGGUGUUAGAUAUUUCGUAGAUCAUAAUACGAGAACUACAACAUUCCAAGACCCAAGGCCAGGUGCACCGAAAGGACCAAAAGGAGUUUAUCGAGUACCAAGGGCAUACGAGAGAUCAUUCCGUUGGAAAUUAUCACAAUUUCGUUUCUUGUGUCAAACCAAUGCAUUACCCAAUCAUAUUAAAAUCAGUGUUAGUCGACAAACAUUAUUUGAAGAUUCUUAUCAUCAAAUAAUGAACGCAGAAGCAUUUGCACUUAGGCGAAGAUUAUAUAUCAUUUUUAAAGGAGAAGAGGGCUUAGAUUAUGGUGGUGUAUCCAGAGAAUGGUUCUUUUUAUUGAGUCACGAAGUUUUAAAUCCUAUGUAUUGUUUAUUCGAAUAUGCUAAUAAAAGCAAUUACAGCUUACAAAUAAAUCCUGCAUCUUAUGUCAAUCCUGAUCAUUUGCAAUAUUUUAAAUUUAUUGGCAGAUUUAUCGCAAUGGCUCUUUACCAUGGACGAUUUAUUUAUAGUGGUUUUACUAUGCCAUUUUUUAAAAGAAUGUUAAAUAAAAAAUUAGUUAUGAAAGAUAUUGAAUCUAUCGAUCCAGAAUUCUACAAAUCUCUUAUUUGGAUAAAAGAAAAUAAUAUCGAUGAAUGCGCCUUAGAAUUGUAUUAUAGUGUAGACUUUGAAAUUCUUGGACAGGUCAUUCAUCAUGAAUUAAAAGAAAAUGGUGAUAAAAUUAGAGUUGUUGAAGACAAUAAAGAAGAAUAUAUUAGAUUAAUGACUGAAUGGAGAAUGACCAGAGGUAUAGAAGAACAAACGAAAGCCUUUUUAGAUGGAUUUAAUUCAGUUGUACCAUUAGAAUGGUUGAAGUAUUUUGACGAACGUGAAUUGGAGUUAAUGUUGUGUGGUAUGCAAGAAAUCGAUGUUGAAGAUUGGCAACGUAAUACCAUUUAUAGACAUUAUACUCGUAAUAGUAAACAAGUUUUAUGGUUUUGGCAGUUCGUAACAAGAACAGACAACGAGAAAAGGGCUCGUCUUUUACAAUUUGUAACUGGUACUUGCAGAGUUCCUGUUGGAGGAUUUGCUGAAUUAAUGGGAAGUAACGGGCCUCAACGAUUUUGUAUUGAAAAAGUUGGAAAAGAUACAUGGUUACCAAGAUCCCACACAUGUUUUAACAGACUUGACUUACCACCGUAUAAAAGUUAUGAUCAAUUGGUUGAAAAAUUAAAUUAUGCAAUUGAGGAAACAGAAGGUUUUGGUCAAGAAUAAUUAUUAAACAAAUAUAUAUAUAU